AUGGCAAAUCGUAGCACCUCGCUUCUUGUGCGCAACCUGCGCUAUGAAACAUCGCCUGAAAAGGUCCGAUCGGUCUUCGAACGGGUCGGGCGCGUGAAAGACGUAUAUCUGCCUAUUGAUCACACGACUAGAGAACCACGGGGCUUCGGUUUUGUCGAAUACUUUGAUGAAAAGGACGCCCAGGAUGCAGUGCGUGAGUUUGAUAGGUUUGUACUGGACGGCAAUGAACUUUCAGUGAUCAUCGCGCAGGACCGGCGUAAAUCUCCGCAUACUAUGCGGAAAAUCCUUGCAGAGCGUCAGAAUGGCAAGUACUUCCGAGGCAGCUCACCUGCAAACCGCGGUCCGCCCGCAGGUCGUGACGGAUAUGGUGGAGGUCGUCAUGAUGGCCGGUCGAGUCACUACGAGCGCAGUCGUCCGGGAUAUGACGGCGGCUAUCGUGCGAACGGAGAUUCAUACGGUAGGAGAACUCGCGAGGGUUAUGAUGACGGCUACGGCGGGACAGAUGAUAGGCGGCGAGAAUAUCGUGGCAUAGACGAUGACCGACGUCCACGCGCAGGCCGCAGCAGAAGCAGGUCGCGGCCGUACGAUGGCUACCGCGGAGACCGCUAUCGCUAUCCUCAAGAGGAAGGACGCUACUCCCGCCAUCACGACAAGGACGGCAACGAAGACUAUAGCAGACGGCCCCCAUCAGGCUCACACUAA